CCUUGAUCAAUUCUACAAAUUUGACAUAAGACGGCCAGAUUGCUACACUGCUUUGAGAGACGCAUAUCAUUCUUGGAUUUUUGCCUCUGGAACGCCUUCCACACAGGAGCAUUUUCAUAGCAUCAACAAUUACCCCUCAGUGCCCCGCGGCAAGCUGUCAGCAUGGCUAUGAAUGCUAGAUCUGCCCCUCGGGCUAUAAGAGCCCUGCGACCACUUGCUGUCCGCCAAGUCAUUGUUCCUGCCUACAGAAGCUAUGCGACCUCUUCCGAGCCAGAUCUCAAAACGACCUUCAAAGAGUGCAUUGCACCCAAGCGCGAACUACUGAAAAAGGUCAAGGCGCUGGGCGGCAAGGUUAUUGGAGAUGUUAAGGUUGAGAACACAAUUGGCGGCAUGAGAGGAUUGAAGGCUAUGGUAUGGGAAGGUUCAGUUCUUGACGCCAACGAGGGUAUUCGAUUCCACGGACGCACGAUCAAGGAUUGCCAAAAAGAGCUUCCGAAGGGCACAACUGGCACAGAAAUGCUGCCAGAAGCCAUGUUCUGGCUGCUCUUGACCGGCCAAGUCCCUUCUACAUCACAAGUUCGAGUUUUCUCCCGAGAGCUGGCGGAAAAGGCAGAGUUGCCAGACUUUGUCAACAAGAUACUGGACAAUUUCCCCAAAGACCUUCACCCAAUGACCCAAUUCGCUAUUGCGGUCUCUGCCCUUUCCCACACCUCGAAGUUUGCCAAGGCUUACGAGCAAGGUAUUAACAAGGCUGAUUAUUGGGAACCAACUUUUGAUGACAGCAUCUCUUUGCUUGCGAAGCUCCCAGUCAUUGCUGCCAAGAUCUACCAAAAUUCAUACCAAGGUGGCGGAGCUCUUCCAGCCCAGAUUGAUUUGGAGCAGGAUUGGUCGUACAACUUCGCCGCCAUGCUCGGCAAGGGAGGAAAGAAGAACGAGAACUUCCAAGAUCUGCUGAGACUUUAUUUGGCCCUACACGGCGAUCACGAGGGUGGCAACGUCUCGGCGCAUGCUACACAUUUAGUUGGUAGUGCAUUGAGCGAUCCAUUCUUGAGUUACAGUGCCGGUCUUCAAGGUCUUGCUGGACCCUUGCAUGGGCUUGCCGCCCAAGAAGUCCUGAGAUGGAUUCUCCAAAUGCAAGAACACGUUGGGACAAAGUUCUCGGACCAAGAUGUCUCCGACUAUCUCUGGUCAACCCUAAAGUCCGGACGAGUCGUCCCUGGAUACGGCCACGCAGUUCUCCGUAAACCAGAUCCCCGAUUCGAAGCUCUCAUGGACUACGCAUCAUCCCGUCCUGAAAUCGCAAGGGACCCUGUCUUCCAAUUAGUGAAGAAGAACUCCGAGAUUGCCCCGACGGUGCUGAAGGAGCAUGGGAAGACCAAGAACCCUUAUCCAAACGUCGACUCCAGCUCCGGUGUCCUGUUCCAUCAUUAUGGUUUCCACGAGACAUUAUAUUACACAGCUACCUUUGGUGUUAGCAGAGGUUUGGGACCUCUGGCCCAGUUGAUCUGGGACCGAGCUCUGGGUUUGCCCAUUGAGCGACCAAAAAGCAUUAAUUUGGAGGGAUUGCUCAAGCUCGCUGAGAGCGCGUAAAUUGUUCUUCAGAAACUUACCUCAAAAUUUGUUUAGAGUUGUCUUUUCAAGGCGUUCGACGGGUGUAUUUUUACUCCCGUACUUACCACACGACUCAAAAAAAUCUAAUUACUACUACUCGUCUCAUUUAUAUAGGAAAACAAUAUCCCAAGGAAAAGCUGCUGC